AUGUACGCUGGGGUGGACAAGUACGGAGGAGCAUUAGUAGGCGAAGGUCAAUCGGAUGGGAAUUCUUCUACUUUUAAUGUUCCAAUUUCUGGUAUUUCAUUGGAAGAAGCAAUUGAAACUGCUGCCGCAGAGGAGACCGUGGUGGUCGAUGUACCGUAUUCGUACUUGGAAGACGAAAAAGACACAAAUUCUCUGGUUUCGGGCGUCUCAAAAGUGCUGCUUUGUGCUCAAUUGAAUCCCGAAGCAGGUGGACUCAUGUGGGUGGAACAAAAUAGUCCACAAGGAACUUAUAAGAACAUCGUGGCCAUGUCUCAGAUGACGUCAAUGUUGCGGGAUAAGGAUCGAAAUGACUGCUAUGAGCAUGGAAUUAAGCGAGCCAUUGCUACGUUCAAAGCAGAACAUGGUCGAGCCCCAUUGGUGCUUGAUAUUGGCACGGGUACAGGCUUAUUGUCCAUGUUUGCUGCUACCCAUGGUGCUGAGCACGUCUACGCUUGUGAGAUGUUUGUACCCAUGGCUGAAAUCGCAGAGCAAGUGACUGCAGCCAAUCACCCUGAUAAGAUUACAGUCUUUCAACUACGGUCGACGGAUUUGAAGGUUGCACCGGAGAACGAGGUAGACAAGGACCCCAACAUGACGUACCACUUGCCAAGACGGGCAGAUAUGCUGGUGUCGGAGCUCUUUGACUCUGUUCUGUUGGGAGAAGCAGUGCUGCCAACACUUCGUCAUGCGAUGCAGCACCUGCUCGUUCCAAACGCUACAAUUGUGCCCGAGCGUGCUACAAUUUUUGCUCAGGUCAUCGAGAGCGAGUCGGUUUUCCAAUUUAAUAGUUUUCAAGUGCCCCAGACUCAGCAUGAGAUGGGUUCGAUCGCUCGAAGCGAAGUAAAGCUAGCAAGGAGUGAUACAGCGUGGCAAUGUAAAGGUGGCAAGCCAGCUUUGCCAGUGCAUUUCCGUGCGCUGGAAAAGGACUCCAAGGUUUUGACGAAACCCACCAAAGUGCUAAGCUUUGAUUUUACCAAGCCGACAACGGGAGCUGUGGAGUACCAGGAGACGGUGGUUGAUGUGGUCAAAGGAGGAACGGUGCAAGCCGUUCUUAUGUGGUGGGAAGUAAGCUUCGACACGGACAAUAGUGUUGUGUACUCUACGAAGCCAGACGCACAAAACUGGCAGGAUCACUGGGUGCAGGUGGUUUUUCCGCUUGUGGAGAACAUCCAAGCGAGGCCUAACGAAAAGCUUCUCCUGCGUGCUUACCACGAUGAUCUUCAUGUAUGGUUCGACGUCGAAGGUGCUAUAGAAAAUGAGUCAUCAAAAACACCUAAGUGCUCCGUGUUGAGUGAGAAACCUCCGUGCACUUGCGGAAUGCACCUUAUUUGCAACGCUGAGCGCAUCUCCAUGCUUACCGACACUGCACGUCGCGAAGCCUACACAGCGUCGUUUUCCUCCACCAUCGCUGAGCUUACCAAAGAUACAACGUUACACUCGAUUUCCUGUCUGGAUAUUAGCGAUGGAUCGAUGUGUGCACUACUGGCUGCUACGCACAAGCAAAUUUCAAGUGUGACCUCAAUUGAGUCUAAGGAAGUGUCAGCACGAAUCUUCGAUCAGAUUUUGACCUACAAUGCCGCUAACGUCGAGGUUCUCAAUAGUGGUGUAAAGGGUCUGCUGCCAGAACACCUCCAUGGUGAACCUCUAAGCGUAAAUCUGCUAGUUGGCGAACCCUUUUACUAUUCGAUGCAAAACCUUCCUCUGUGGCAGGCUUUCAACUUCUGGCUGCGACGUUCAGCUGUUAGUGGCCUUUUGCACCCAAAUGCCCGAGUACUGCCUGCCCGCGCGAGAAUACUGGCUCAAGCAGUACGAUUUGAUCACCUACACGAAUGCUUUGGCGCAGUGGGAAAUGUUUCCGGUUAUGACCACAGCUGCUUCGAUCAGUUCCAGGACGAAUACUACACGCGCAAUUUUCCGUUUCCCGUCUACAUGUAUCCCUACGAACAAGCAUCGGACGUGAUUGAGCUUGCUACUCUGGACUUCAUGCAAAUAGCGCAUACGAUCGCCUCUAGCGGCAAUAUCCUUCUGAAAAACUCGACAGCAAAUGCAGUGGUCGUGUGGGUCGAGUACGCUUUGGACGUAGAAGGCCACUACGUGGUGGCUACAGGUCCAGCUGUGCGCUAUGCGAAGCAACUCAUCCGAUUCCUCCCACCGGUGCCAUCUACACCUGCUGGUGCCGCAACUAAGCGUGUCGUAGCAUCACAGUUCUACUUUGACUCGCUGGAAGGCACGAUCGAGCUCAGCUUUGAAGCCACAUAG